CCAUCUUCUUUGUAUUUGGCUUUUCCUUUUCCUUCAGGUACUGUUGCUCCGUCCUCCCCCUUCGUCGAUAUUCUUCUUCCAUCUUCUUUGUAUUUGGCUUUUCCUUUUCCUUUAGGUACUGUUGCUCCGUCCUCCCCCUUCGUCGAUAUUCUUCUUCCAUCUUCUUUGUAUUUGGCUUUUCCUUUUCCUUCAGGUACUGUUGCUCCGUCCUCUCCUUCACAAAUGAUUGUUUGUAGGUUUUUAUCUGCAUAAUCUUUAAAAUUUUUUGAAAUUGUAAGAGCCAAACCCUUUCAAGAAUCCUAUUACAUCUGUCAAGAAAACAGAACCGAUUGCAUAAGAAAUAAUACAAAAUGUAUAUGAGAGGCAGAUAUUGCGUACAUACCUACUGUGGGUUCAGGAAACCUCAAUCUCAUUUUCUUUAGUCUAUACGUCAAGAAAUCAAUAGGCAUUCUCUUCAUUUACUUAGGCAUAAAUUCAACUGUGGGUUCAGUGUGAAGAAUAGAGUAAUACAACAUAACUUUGGUAGAUCGGGAGAAACUAUUAGUAGGCAUUUCAACUCAGUACUUACUAGUAUGAUGAGACUUGGAGAUAUGUUGUUGAAGAAACCAGAGCCAGUGGCUGAUGACUCUAGCGACGAAAGGUGGAAGUGGUUUAAGAAUUGUUUAGGCGCCUUGGAUGGAACUCACAUCAAGUUAAGAGUUCCUUCUCUUGACAAGGCAAGAUACCGGAAUAGGAAAGGAGAGAUAACUACAAAUGUGUUGGGUGUUUGCUCACAAGAUGGUUUCUUUAUAUAUGUUUUGCCUGGGUGGGAAGGGUCCGCAGCAGAUGGACGGGUUCUUCGUGAUGCCAUAAGUAGAAGGAAUGGCUUGAGGGUUCCACAAGGUCACUAUUACUUGGUUGAUGCUGGGUACACCAACUGUAAGGGAUUUCUUGCACCGUAUAGAGGGCAAAGAUACCACUUAAGUGAAUGGAGAGAAGGGCGACAUCCUAGAAGUGCACAAGAGUGCUUUAAUAUGAGACACUCUUCUGCACGAAAUGUAAUUGAGCGGUGUUUUGGUAUUUUGAAAUUAAGGUGGGCUAUACUAAGAAGCGCAUCUUUUUAUCCCAUUCGAACACAUAACCGAGUUAUAAUUGCUUGUUGCCUCCUACACAACUUAAUUCGUCAAGAAGGUGUAGAUCCACUUGAAAAUGAAGUUCCAGAAAUGGGUGUUGAUAUGGACGGGAUGGAAAACACCCCAAUUCAAAACAUGGAUGCUUCUGAUGAAUGGGCUACCUUUAGGGAUACUCUUGCUAAUGAAAUGUUCACCACUUUUUCUUCUAAUAGGAUAUCUAGAUGAAUUAGUUAUUUCAUUUAAACAUUAUUGUUUAUUUGAAUAUGUUAAUUUUCUUUGUUUCUUUGAGUGUGGUGUAUGGUAUGAUAGAACAUGUAUUAUUGUUAUGUCCUUAAUAAUAAUAUAUUGUCAUAUUGUCUUAUUGUUAUUUAACCUCUUCUCAAGUUCUAACAUUUUCUUCUUCUAGCUGAACAAACAUGUCAAGUAGGUCUGGAAAAUCAGACAAGCACAUGUGGACACCCGAAGAGGAUGAAUUAUUAAUUCAAUCCAUGAUGGUGCUACAUGAUAAGGGAGAACUUGUAUCUGACAAUGGUUUAAGGCCACGUGUCUUAAACACUUUGAAGGACAUGCUUGAUGGUUUGAUACCUGGAAGUGGUAUUAAAGCCCAUCCCCAUAUUCAGUCAAGAGUUAAGAAGUUAAAAAUUAACUAUGGUGUGGUUUCUGACCUUCUUAAUUUAUCUGGUUUUGGUUGGGACCCUGAAAAGAAAUGUGUGACAGCUCCCAAGACUGUUUGGGAUGAAUAUGUGAAGGUAAACAAGAAAGCUGCUAAAUGGAGAAACAAGACUUUCCCCCAUUAUGAUGAGCUAUCUAAUAUCUUUGGGAAGGAUAGGGCAAAUGGAAAGGAUGCUCAAACGUAUGAAGAUAUCGUUGAAGAGUUUCAUGAUCAACAUGGGUUUACUUCACCCGUAGAAGAUACUCCUACUGAGCACAUUCCAACUGAUUCUCAAAUGGAUGGAUCACAUGCCAAUACUUCACCACAAGAGAACUCUCCAACUGAGCUGUCCCCUUCUGAUGCAACUUCCGGAGCGAAAAAGAGGAAGCGAAACAGCACUGAAGCUCAACCUUCCAUGCUUGAAGGCAUGAAAAUGAUUGUUCAAACACUAGCUGAUGGGUUGAAGGAGUCAUCUGAGCGUUUUGGCAUGCACCUUGAUAGAGUUGAACGUGAGAAACGUAUUGAUGGCAUGAGGUCGUCUCUCCUUGUUGAGUUGAAGAAGGUUGAAGGACUUUCCCACCAAGAACGUCUCAAGGCAUAUGUGAAGAUUAUUGGUGAUGAGAAUAUGCUAAUUGGCUUUUAUUCCAUGCCUGAAGAGGAUAAAGCUGAUGUGAUUCGCGAAAUAAUAGCAUAAGCUAGUAUUAGUGUCACUUGAUAUUUUGGUGUAUCUCGAUUUUUUGGUGAUCCUUAGUAAAGUUGCAAGAGGAUCCUUUAUAUGUAAUGUCAUGUUUAGAUGUCUAAUUUUUUGUGUAAGAUAUGGCAUAUCUUACUUGGGUGCUUGGAUAUAUGAGUAGCACCAUUGACUAUAUUUUGUUUCAAAGUAAGAUAUAGAGUAUCUUGCUUCCUUGACCUUAUUAAUUAUGAUAUGAUAAAUGACAUCCUUUGUUUCAUGUUUUA